UUUUCAUUCGGGUCUUGUAUUUCGGCUCAAUCUCGAGGCAGGAAAUCUGCGUCACUGGAACUGUAAACAUUUCUGAAGAAUAGGAGGAGUUUAGGAUAACGGUACACUGACGAAAUGAAAGUGUUUAGUCGCAGAGAGAGAGAGAGAGAGAGACUGCACUGCUAAAGGACAGGAGAUUAAUCACACAGAGGUGCUUUAUUAAAGAUGGCCAGCGCUUCGAUCCCGCUCACUAAUGUGGGAAGUGGCUACACCAUCGUCACUCAGGUUCUUCCCUCAUCAACAGCCCCGACUACAGCCGGACAAAAUCCCUCUCAGACAAUCAGCCCACUGCAGAAAUUCCUGAAAGGAGAACCGAAAGCUCUGGGAACUGUCCAAAUAAUGGUCGGUGUGUUGACGAUCUUGUUUGGUAUCGUGCUCGCAAUCUUUCCUGACAGCAUCAGCGUGGUUUCUGGAGUCAUGUUCUGGGGCUCACUGUUUCACAUCAGCGCUGGUUCUCUGGCUGUUGCAGCAAACAACAAACUGAAUCACUGUGUGGUGAAAGCCACUAUGGUGGUCAAUAUUUUGAGCACGAUAGCUGCAGGAAUUGCCAUCAUCAUACUUUCCAUAGAUUUGGUGAUUUCCCCAGUGUACAGAUCCUGCUACUAUAGAGAGGAUGAUUGCAGGAAUUGGUAUCUUGCAGUGAGCUAUCGCCAUGGAAUCACCGGCGUUCUGCUGGUUUUCUCUGUGCUCCAGUUCACCGUCUCUAUUGCAGUUUCAGCUUUCACCUGCAAAGCCACCUGCUCUAGUGAACCAACUCUGAACAUCGUCAAUGUGGUUCAGAACCCUGAGAUGUGUGUUCCUGUGGUCAAUUCCUAUCCAGCACAACAACCUCAGCCGGGGGUCAGUACAAUGAACGCUGUCGCCAUGAGCAGUGCACCCAUGGAAAGUCCUCCAGCGUACUGCGAGAAAGGCCACCCAGAUGACUGAGGAUAAUUAGAAAUAAGAAAUGAUUCUUAACACUGUGACUUCACACACGAUAGAAAACACAACCACGCUCUGUAGUGCUUACACAACACUUCUUCCUGUAACCGCUAAACACACUUUCAACAUUCAUUUAUUUUAUACGGAUAUCGAUUUGUUUGCUUGUUUGCUUCAUGAAGACUUUGCUUCUUUAACAUUUGAGUCCUUCCUUUAACAUCCAGUCCUUCUGAACACAUAUUUUCUGGGAAACUUAAUUGUUUUCAUGGAAAAACAAAAACAAAUAAAGAAAUGUAUACCACAGCGCUGCUGAUUUCUGGAUCCUGAUUGGUCAGAACGAAGGUGUUGAUUAAUUUUCUAUAACGGUUCCGCUGACCGUAGUGCAGCUGCAAAUUAUGGAUUUAUACAUGGAGCUCCCGAUGAGUGUAAAAUGUGUUCGUAAAUACUAUUCGAACUGAAUUAUUACAACAUUCAUUAUUCUUCUGAUUCUUAAUGUUUCGAGCAGGAAGUUUUCUUUUUCAGCAGAGACAGCUGGCAAACAGCUCUCAUCUCAUCCUCUCAUCCACAAACAAAACAAACAAAAAACCUUGUGUAAUUGUUGAUAUGGUGAAUUUUUCUGGUAAAGGUGAUGUUUACUAAACAUUCAUGGAAGGAGUCUCCAGUGUCAGUGCUUUGUAACAGUCAGAGGUAAAGCUGUAACCACGUCAUAUGCCAUCUUCAGGAAAGAGGAGUUUGUGCUUUGUGGUUGUCGAACCCUGUUGUGUGAGGGUGUGGAGGAAGUCUGGGCAGGAACAAGAAUUAAACACCAUGAUAAAAUUACUGGAUAACAAUUCCAAAGUAUAAAUCAAUGUUAACUGAACCAGUGUUGUCAGUCUUAUUCUCGUCUUGAUAUUCAAAUAAAAUCAGCUGUGUUUCAAAUUA